GGUUUCCCCAAUUGUAUUCAAGAUGGCAGCAAACUUGAGGAUAUUUAUCGGUCAAAAUUUAGCAAGAAGGACAAAUGUACUGUUUCAGGUAAAUCUUUAAAAACUUUAACAUACUCGAAAAUAAAAUUAAAAGGCUAUUUGAAUAGUUUGUGUAUAAUAAUAAACUCAAAAUUCUUAUUAAAUGUAAUUUUUAUUGUAUCAUUAGAAUUCUGCUUUGAAUGAAACAAAAUGUUUAGCAGUUUAUCAACAAAGUAGGAAAAACUCGUUUGCUGCACAGUUUGACCUUGUGAAGGUAAAUUAUAUGUCUCAUGUAGUUAAUAAUUAUUAGUUAAAUGCAAUUACCCUGCGUUUCCUGAAUAAUACUGUGACUUUUUGAAAGUUCUUUUUUUUUUUUUUUAAACGUCCAUUGUCCUUGUCAGUGAGUUGAGUGCUGUUCUGUUCUAUAAAGUUUGUGCUAGGCGUAUUACGGCUAUCUGUUUUUAACAAUUAUUAUUGUUCAUAUAUUUAUAGUGUGAAAAUCCUGGAAAUGAAACUCAGUGUCUACUAAAUUAAAUUUUAUGUAGUUUUUAUUUUUUUAAAUGAACAAAGGACAUUGCGUUGAUCUUUGUCUUUGUAGUUAUUGCAUGAAGGGUUGGGGAACUUUCUAAGAAUUUUUGUUCAAAAUUUUGCUAAUUACUACAUUUUUAAUGAAUAUUUUUUUUUAUAUAGCUGCCUCCUUAACUUGGGUUCCAAAGAAUGAUCACUUAUCUGUUAUUGAAUUGAUAUACAUUUAAAUGUUUGUUGAUCAAAGUGUGUAUAAAUAAAAAGGAUUAUAUUUGUUGAGUCAUUGAUUGUUACUGACUUUCUUCUGGUUUUUAUUGCUCACUUUAAUACCUAUUUUUUAUUUUGACAAAUAAUCAGCUACCAAGUUUUUCAUUGGUUGUCAAUUAUAAGACUGACAUCUGUAGUCAUGUGACAGUCUCCCUAUAAUUUUAUCAAAUUGUACAAAGUUGAUAAUAUUAAUAUUACAGUGUUAUUUUAUUCACUCUUUACCAACAUACUUUAAAUUUGUACACAACACUAUUCAUGUUUGAAUAAAAUUAUAUAUAGGGUGAGGCUUUAGCCAAGUAUGGAGGACGACAUACUGUGACUCUGAUGACAGGUGAUGGUGUAGGCCCAGAAUUGUUGUCUCAUGUCCAGGAAAUUUUCAGGUAUCUUAAAAAAAUAAAGAUGCAAGUUACAUGUUGUCUUUAACAAAUUAUUUACCCAUUUCUUUGCAUUUUCCUUAAAAGUAAUUUUAAUAAGGCCAAUUCGCCACCAUUUCUAAAGAUAAUCUAGCCUUUUUCAUAGCGGCAUUUCUCAUUUAGCAUUUCUCAUGGAAUUUCUCAUUUUAGCAUUUUUCAGGGUAUUUCUCAUUCAGCUUUUAUAGUAAUGUUGGUAAAAUUUCUGCAUAUCUCUGUUUUUUAUAGAUAUGCUGGUGCUCCCAUUGACUUUGAAGUGGUGGAGAUCAAUGCAUCUAAAAAUACUCCAAUUGACAUGGAGCAUGCUUUACUUGCUGUUAAGAGGAAUGGUGUUGCUCUCAAAGGUAUUUAAUUCUUCUCUUAUUAAUUCUGUAUAGACUGUAUGAGAGAAAAGAAGUGGCUUUGGUAGAGCAAAAAAAAUCUUAAGGAAUAUUAUGUAUUAUUUUUAGUAUCUAACACUACAUUUCACUUAACAAAUAUACCCACAAAAAAUGUUUGUUCCCAAAGGAUUGCGUACAUACAUUCUUGACUCUGCCCAUCUCCCCACCCACAUGACCAAGCAACUGUUUCAAACUUUGAAAGCGUAAUGAUGUACAGACUUUGGAUUAAGGAAAACAAGCAUUGAGUCAAUUUGAAACAAUAAUAUGAACAAAUUUUAGUAUAAAAAAACUAACUGCCCCUUAUUUCUCUAAAGCAGUAAAUGAGCAAGUGGAAGAGGAUCCAAUGACCAUUAUUUAAUUUUUUUCAACCUUUUUUUUUCUUAUUUUGUUAAAUUUCCUGGUAGCUAAUCAAAAUAAGUACAUUAGCCAGGUGACAAAGCAAGUUAUUUCAUAUAUCUCUUAUUUUGUUUUUUCUAUAGGAAACAUUGAGACUAAAUUUGAUGAUCCGUCCUUCAAAUCAAUGAACUUGGCUUUGAGGUUAUAAUCUAUUGUCUCAAAUUUUAAUCUCUUUGUUAUAUUUUGUAGUAUGGUAAUAUUAUAUGGUAUAUGUUACGUGUUACAUUGUUUAAGAUUUAGUGACAAAAACUCAAUCCACAUAUUUUUAUUUUAUUUGGCUAUUUGUAAUGUAUACAAAGUUUGACCUUUUUAUCGAUGGCCCCUAAUCAUUGAAUUUAUUCCACAUAGUCAAUCAAUUUGCUCUGCAUAAUGUUUUUUCCAUUAAAACUAUGUUUUGUUAAGAUAAUUUAGAUAGACUUAGAAACUUGGUUUUCUUUUUGUUUUUAAAUUAUGAAAUUAUUAUUCUCAGAACAUCACUGGAAUUGUUUGCUAGUAUUGUGAAGUGCAAGUCUAUUCCAGGCAUUGCUGUGAGGCACAAUGAUGUGGACUGUGUACUUAUUCGUGAAAACACAGAGGGAGAGUAUAGGCAGCUGGAACAUGAGGUAGGAAAUAUUUGUUCAUUUACUAAUUGAAGGGAUAUUGUUUUUGCUAUACAUUAGCUAUUUCUUUCCCCUAUAAAAUAAUUCUAAGCAUCGGAUGGGGUGAUAAAGGUCCCAAAUUCAGCACCAUGGAAGGAGUAUCAUUGUGCUUUUAGAUAAAGAGGGUAAAAUAAAAUGGGAAAAAAAUAAGGGAAUGUGCACCACUCCUGCAGUGGAAAAUCACCAUUUACAGACAGAAGGGUCUCUAGCACGGAUUAGGAUUUUAAAAAAUUUUUAAAACUAUUCAUUGUCAAGGAAUACCAUGUUGAUUUCAUAAAUGAUCAAUUCUAAACACAUUAAAUUAUUCUUGCAGAUUGUGCCCGGUGUUGUAGAGAGUAUGAAAAUAAUUACGGCAGAAAAGUGCAAGAAAAUUGCAAAAUUUGCUUUCGAUUAUGCUGUUCAACAUGGUCGAAAGAAGGUGACAGCAAUCCAUAAGGCUAAUAUUAUGUGAGUGGAGUGUCUCUGUGUUACGCACUGACUUGUAUUGGGAGAAAUUAAUCUCCUAUUUUAAUUUUAAUUAGCUCGUUGUAAACAGUGCCUAACAAAGGACGAUACCAUAGAGUCAACAAUAUUAAAGAUACGACACCCAAAACAGUUGCCAGUUACAAUUAAUAAGAUUUAUUAAGUCUUAAUAUAAUUACAAAAUAAAAUAAAAUAUAAUGACAAUCUUCAACUUACAGUAUGGUAGAUCUUGUACCAGUUCAAAGUUAACACAGUUCGUAUAAUGUGCCAAUGAAUAAUGAUUAAAUGCGAAAUAAACACAUACGAGUAUGAGCACACAAAUACACAAAGAAUAAUACACAAGGAAUAAUACACGCCUCGUAAAUUUAAUAGUAUCUAUCUGAAUCUCCUUCCUUCCGAGCCUGUCAAUCCCUUAUAUAGGUUGGUCUACCGACGCCUAAGCCCUGCCUUCGAGAAGCUACCCAGCAUUUCUAGAACAAUCACAAUCAUUCUACAAAAUACUAUUUAGAACAUAUUAAUUAUUUUUAGUGGCGGUCGGCAUCAACACGACAGAUCAAAAGACUAAGCCACACCCAUCUGUGAACACAGCGUCUCAAGCGGGGUCAAUCAGAGUGCACGCACGAGAAAAAUUAUGUAAACAAGCUCUAUAUAACACUCUGUAUUUGAGAUUAUGAAAUAUUAUAUAUCACGAGCCGCGAUUUGCCGACCACUUCUCUAGGUUAACCCCUGAUAAUUCCCCCCCCCCCCCCCCCCUUUUGAGGCUAUGUACAUUUUAUAGUUUCCACCAAAACCCUAUGGUGGUGAUGCUCAAAAGCCAGUUUAUAAGCCUGCUUAGUGUAGUGUAGUGUUUCCCAAUGUGGGGCAGUUAGAUAGAAAAAUGUAUUUAAGUUUCAAAGGGGGAUUGGUUGAUAUUAGACAGGACACUUUAAAAAAAAAAAUUAACCACUGUUAUUAUUUAUUGUAAUAAAAUUAUAUUUCACUUACUGGAAUCUCAAAGCCACAAUAGGGAGUGAUAUCAGCAUGGCUACAUAUUUUUAUUUAGCUUUUCCAAUAAAAAAUGGUGGGAAAUCAAUGCUUUCCUUUAAUACAUAGCAUUAUAAAUUAUUGAUUUCUGAUUUUUUUACAGUAUUUUUGUGUAAUGUCAGAAUGCUCGUCCGGUUCCCCCUUGGGCACCUGGGUUUUGAUAGUUGGAGCAACUUUUUUCCAUAUGUUUAAAUAGUUUGAAAAAUAGAUUUUUGUAUUUCAUUCUUAUUGCACUAAACAAUUAUUUAAUAAUUAGAGAAAUGUGAAAAGCAUCUUCCAAAUUUAAAAAUAAAUUAUUCUAUUAAUGUCAUCUUGACAGGUCAUUUCUAGUCUAUUAAAAUUAUUGAACAAGAUUUAAUGUUGCAAAAGCAUAACACCUAAUAACAAACUUCUGGGUAUUGAUUUUUUCAAUUAUCAUAGGGGACUUAUGUGUUUCUUUGAAUUCAAAAUGUUUUUGCUUCAUUAAAAAUUACUUUUUAUUUUGCCUAAGCAAAUGAGUUUUCAAAUUUAUAAUCCUAUUCAUUUUGAAAAUGCAUUAUGAAUUUUGCUAUUUAUAGGAAGCUGGGAGAUGGGCUGUUUCUGGAAGUCUGUAGAGACAUAGCCAAAGGUUACCCUGACAUUGAGUUCAAUGAUUUAAUUAUUGACAAUGCUAGUAUGCAGGUAAUUAAACUUUUGAAGCAUAUAGUUUUAGAUGUAAAUAAUUAGCUGAAAUAUAUAAGUGUAAGGGAAGUCUAAAAUUAAAGAAAACAACUUAUGCAAAAGAACAUAAAGAGUGAAAGAGGAAGAGUUAUAAAUAAAAAUGGGACAAAAGAUUACAGAAAGUGAACUAAAGGAUUUCAUUGAUACCUUGAGGAGUUUUAAGUAUCAAAUCUCUUAAUCAAUUUUUUUAUAAGUAUUCUUUAGGCCUCCCAAAAAAAAACAAAAUUUAAACAAUUUUUCAAAUUUUUAAUGUCUCAUAGAUGGUGUCCCGUCCAAGCCAGUUUGAUGUGUUGUGCAUGCCAAAUUUAUAUGGCAAUAUUCUUAGCAACAUUGCAGCUGGACUUAUAGGUGGGGCUGGAGUGACUGCGGGCAUAAAUAUUGGAGACAGAUAUGCUGUAUUUGAGUCUGUAAGUACAUUUGCAGUGUAAAUUAUACUUUCAAAGAAUAUGUAAUAUAAUUUUAAAAAAUAAAAUUAUACAUUAUAAAAAAAACUCCGCUUAGAUCAUUUUUCAUGAUUAAAAUGCAACUGAUCAUUUGAAGUUUUAAUAUAUUUUAAAUGAAAUCAUUAUUAUGAAUACUUUUAGGGAACACGUAACUCUGGCAGAUCAAUGAAAGGUAAAAACAUUGCAAAUCCCACAGGAAUACUCUUUGCCAGUUGUGAAAUGCUGGAUUACUUAGGGUAAGUUUUAGUCUCUUGGAAACAAUGUCAAGAUGUUUUAGAUUUAUGUUGGCUGUAAUGUUUUUACUACUGUUAACUCUUGAUUAGAGCUACUGCAUUAACUUAGUUUAAAACAACAAUGUUAUUUUUCAAUGAGGAAUAAAAAAAAAAAAGUAAAUAUGUGAACAUUAUUUAUUCCUAUUAAGGCUGUCAAAUGAUAAUUGGAUUUCUGGUUAUUGGUUUCAAUUACCCCCUUAGCAUAGAGCAAGUUAAGAGAGUAAAAGGCUCUUGGAGCUAAUCAGUUUAAAAAUGUGUUUUUAAAUUUAAUGUUUUUCAGGCAUCAUGAACAUGCUAAACUUAUUAGAGAGUCAGUGUUUACAGUAAUCUCAGAUAAACAGGUAUGCAUUUUAGCUUCAUUUAAACAUGUUAAAUUAAGUAGUGCUAUGUCAAGAUGAGCAUUUGUCUGAAUUCGGUUGUAUUUCCAUCUAAAAAAUUGAGAGCCUGGGCUGCUUUAAAAAAAAAAUGCUUAUGCUUAAUUAUAUUAAACAUUAAAUCAGUUUUUAUUUACCAAUGCCCAUUUUAAAACUUCCAUUGCUUAUCUAACUAUAAUUUUGAUAGAAUCUGCCCAAAAUCAUAUUUAUUAUGUAACUCAUGUAGUGGAAUGUUCUCCACUGUAUUAAAAAAAACAGUUAUUUGAUUCAAAUACCUAGGAGCAAUAGUCUCAGAAGAAGGCUCCAAGCCCGAACUGAUGUCCAGGAUUGCGCAGACUACAACAGCACUAAAGAGGCUCAAGAAAAUAUGGAACGACAAAAAUAUAGCCCCCAGCACCAAAAUUAGGCUGAUGCGCUCAUCAGUCCUCUCCAUUUUCCUGUAUGCCUGCGAAUCCUGGAUAUUAGCAUCCGAUCUUGAAAGGAAAAUAAAGGCGAUGGAGAUGAGAUGCUUCAGAAGCAUUUUUGGCAUCUGCUAUAGGGACCAUAUCUCCAAUGAUACAGUGAAGGAAAGGGUUCGCCGGGCAAUUGGGGAGUACGAUAACCUACUGGUGACUGUGAAAAAACGCAAACUACAAUGGUACGGCCACGUAACAAGGAAACAAGGGCUCGCCAAAAAAAUACUGCAGGGCACCACAAGAAGAAGGAGAAGAAGAGGAAGACAAAGAAAAAGAUGGGAGGGUAACAUCAAAGAGUGGACAGGACUAACACUGGCGAUGCUGUGCGCAGUGCAGAAGACAGAGACGAAUGGAGGAGGAUAGUUCACAUGUCAUCUGUGGCGCCCCAACGGUCCAAGGACUAAGGGACACGAUGAUGAUGACGAUGAACUGUCAAUAAAAACUAAAAACAUUUUACUGCCUCAUUACAUUUCAUUAAUGAGACUUUAUGAAACCACUAAAAAAAUUUCUUUCCAGAUACGAACUCCUGAUAUUGGAGGUACUGCUACAACAUUGGAUUUUGUCAAAGCUAUCAUUGAUGAUGUGAAACCGAAAACAUUGGCAUGGUCAGUAAUGUUUCAAAUAUGA